AGUCGGCCGCGCUCGGAAGCCGCGGCGGGACGCCGGAGAGGGCUGGUACUGCAGCGACAGGAUGGUCGGCGGCGGCGGGAAGCGCAGGCCCGGCGGGGAGGGGCAGCAGUGCGAAAAAACAGUUGAUGUGAAGAAGAGCAAAUCCUGUGAAGCUGAUGUCUCCAGUGACCUUCGAAAAGAGGUAGAAAAUCAUUAUAAGCUUUCUCUGCCGGAAGAUUUCUAUCACUUCUGGAAGUUCUGUGAAGAACUGGAUCCUGAAAAGCCAACUGAUUCACUUUCUGCAAGCCUUGGACUUCGAUUAGUGGGUCCAUAUGAUAUCCUUGCUGGAAAACAUAAAAAGAAAAAAAAAUCAGCAAGCCUGAAUUUUAACCUUCACUGGAGAUUUUACUAUGAUCCUCCUGAGUUCCAGACAAUAAUUAUUGGAGAUAAUAAAACUCAGUUUCACAUGGGGUAUUUCAGGGAUUCUCCUGAUGAACUUCCUGUAUAUGUUGGUACAAAUGAAGCGAAGAAAAACUGUAUAAUUCUUCAAAGUGGAGAUAAUGUGUUUGCUGCGGUUAGAUUAUUUUUGGUGAAAAAACUUAAAGAAGUAACAGAUAAAAAGAAAACUAGUCUCUUGAAAAGCAUAGAUGAAAGACUCACAGAAGCAGCCAGAGAACUGGGAUACUCACUGGAACAGAGGACCGUGAAGAUGAAGCAGAGAGAUAAGAAAGUCGUGACAAAGACCUUUCAUAGUGCAGGCUUGGUGGUUCCAGUGGAUAAAAAUGAAGUUGGGUACAGAGAGCUCCCUGAGACAGAUGCUAACCUCAAGAGAAUUUGCAAGGCAAUUGUCGAGGCACCGAGUGAUGAGGAGAGACUAAAAGCUUUUGCUCCCAUCCAGGAAAUGAUGACUUUUGUGCAGUUUGCUAAUGAUGAAUGUGACUAUGGCAUGGGGCUCGAGUUGGGAAUGGACCUCUUUUGUUAUGGUUCCCACUAUUUUCAUAAAGUUGCUGGCCAGCUUUUACCUCUUGCAUAUAAUCUGUUGAAGAGGAAUCUCUUUGCAGAAAUUAUUGAAGAUCAUCUGGCAAACAGAAGUAAAGAGGACUUAGACCAGCUUUCAGCGUGAGUUCGAGCUGGCUUUCCUUGGUGUACAUUAUUUUAAAGGCUUAAAAUAUUAAACUUGUGAUUUUGUUUUUAAGGGAUACAAAAAAUAAAUUGAUGGAAACAUUUACUAAAA